AAAACAUUUGAAUGUUCUUCAAACAGCAGUUUUUGUUACACCAAGGUCGAACGUGGGCUGUUCGUCUUUUUCCGCUAUUUAUAUUCUUAUGAUAACGUUAUUUAUUAAUUUCUUUGUGAAUAAAUUAUUUUAUCUUUAGUUACGACACUUGGUGAUUGAGUUCAGUGACAUUUUUAGCAGCUAUGGCACCUUUAUCGAGUUUGAAUAAAAUAACAGCGCUGAGUAGAGAGAAUGUGCAUAUCCGGGACAAGGAGCAGUUGCUGCAGAAGUUGAAUAAGAUGAUUCAGGACGGUCACAACAAGCUGCAGAUAGUGACAGAUUUCGACCACACGCUCACCAGGCACACCAUGGACAAUGGAAGUGUUGUACUCACUAGUUUUGGUAUGUUCCGUGAGUGUCCGUCAAUACCACAGCAUUAUAAAGAUGAGGACAAUAGACUCUCUGGCAUCUACAAACCAAUAGAGAGUGAUCCUAAAAUGAGUGUUGAGGAGAAAACGCAACAUAUGAUAGACUGGUAUGUGGCAGCACACGCAUUGCUCAAAGGUGUGAAAUUUCCGAGACAUGAAUUAAUGGAAGCGGCCUACAAAAUGGUGCAGUGUUUUAGGAAAGGCGUCCGUGAAAUGAUAGAUUGGAGCGGUACACAGCAGGUGCCCGUUUUAGUGUUCUCCGCGGGGCUCGGCGAGUCUGUACUUGCAGCUAUGACUGCUGCCAACUUCAUGCUACCUAAUGUUAAGGUAAUCUCAAACUUCCUCGCGCUAGACGAGAACGAAUGCAUAGUGGGCAUCAAAGGCGAGGUGAUACACACGUACAACAAAAACGAAACCGCAAUCAAGAACACGGAAUAUUACGACAUGGUGCAAAACAGGAGUAAUGUCGUUCUUAUGGGUGACAAUAUAGGGGACGCUGGCAUGGCAGAGGGAAUGGAACACUGCGACGUUGUCGUCAAAGUAGGUUUCCUAGGCCACAACCCUGAAGGUAACCUAAAAAAUUACCUCAACAAAUUCGACAUUGUCCUUGUCAAUGACCCAACAAUCGACGUUGUGAACGGCAUCCUAGAAUGUAUACUGUGAUCAUAUUGUGAUUGUAGCUAAACUUAUUUAUUGUUUAAUCACGACAUUUUUGUUACAUUUUUUUUGUGAAAUAGUUUUUGUGUUUUGUUAGUCAGCCAGGCCCUAAGUAGAGCAGCGGUUCCCAAAGUUUUAUUUCGUUGAAAAUGUAGUUAUAAUUUAUAAGUCCAAUAAGUCAAAUUCACGAUUUUUUUUUUUGAUUAAAAUUAUACU